AAGAGAGAGAGAGAGAGAGGGGGGAGGGAAGAGAAAGAAUAUAUAUAUAUAUAUACAGUAUGUACAUUCGUGAUUUUAAAAAAAUAUAUAAUUAGACACUGACGUUUUUUUUCUGUUAUUUAUGUAAAUUAUGAGAAGUGUUUUUUUUCUCUUUCUGUCUCUCUCUCUCAAUCAUUUUUUAUUAUUUCUUCUUCAUACACUAUUAUUAUUAUUAUUAUUAUUAUUAUUAUUAUUGUUAUAAUGUAUAGGCCUUAAUUGACUUUAUUCUACCAAAAAAAAAAGUUUUCGUGCUACAGUAAGGGUUAAUUUUUUUCUUGUUUGACUGAAGAAUUUCUCUUUACUUUGUUUAAUCAAGUGCCUAUUCUGACCUUUUAAAAUAUAAUUUUAGUUCGUUUAUGAUAAAGGAGAAUGUUGUAUAUUACCUUUGUGAAAUUUUUGUGUGCCUUAUUUGUCAAUUAUUGCGGAAGGUAUAGUUCAUUAUUGGACAUGAGUCUUGAUUUCAGAAUUAAAUAGAGAAAUGCUAAAAAUAAACCGAGAAAAAAACGAACGAAAGAUGGAGCCUUAUGAUUUAUCAGAUGGCGUGCCAUUCGUAGGGUUUAAGGGCGAAUGAGGAAAAUGAAACUGGAAUAAGGCCUAGCUCUGGAGAAGAAAUCGGAUGACGUGGCAAACUUUUUACCGGAAGUGGUUGAAGAAUAUUUGGAAUAGAAGUGGAGCGAAUAAGAGAAGUAGAAAACAAAUAAAUAGAAGAAGAGAUAACAAUUCUUUUAAUCUACUCGCCACCAAUCAACCUGGCAUCGAUCGAGUAGCAGAAAUUCUAAGAUCAUCGACCGGAAAUUGAACGUAAAUCGAGCUCCUCCGUCACGUCGCAACUGACGUUCUCUUUUAUAAGGCCUAUUCCUCAAACGUUCUCGUUUUUGUAUUCACCCAGCGUAAGAGUACUUAAGCCUUGUUGCAGUACUGCAGUAUGCAUCUCAACGGAACCACGUUGACCGUCGAAAGUUGGUUUACAGCGUGUAUAGCGGGAGUAGGAAUUCUCACCAACAUUCUCCUACUACUAACCUUCUGCUGUUUGAAGAAUUUACGGAGGCCAAUGAACGCUUUUUUAUUACACCAGUGUCUUUUGGAUGGAAUUAGAUCCGCCUAUUGCAUUCCAUUCUCUGUCGUUAGCGUCUACAGACCAACAAUUUGCAGCGCUUUGGCCGGUACUUAUAUCGUAUUAGUCACUUGCGCAUCGUUUAAUCUCUUAGCCAUCGUUAUGAACGAAGCCUAUUCGUUUUCGGAUAUAACUUUGGGUGUAAAUGCUUCACAGAAUUGCUGUUGCGUCUGGUUUGCACUAGUUGUUAUCUGGUUUGCCGCAAUUAUUACUAAUUUGGGAGUAGCGUUCAUGCCAGGAGGACGAUCUAUUGAACAGUGCCGCUUUACUAUGGGCGUCACAAAUAACUAUGUAUUACACGUGGUUUGGCUACUUUUAGAGGCUAUGGCCAUACUUAUGACGAUCGCUUUCCUUUGUCAAUUAGCAAAGGAUAUAUCUAAAUGCAACUACUACAGACUAUCGACUCUGGUAAGGGCCACAGUUUCUAUUGAUCCGUCGGUUCGAACCAACUCACAACGCCGUCAAUCCGUCAUGGUAGACAAGAGGAAUGUAAGGGACACUGUAAAGAUGAUGACCUACAAACUAAGAGUUCUAUCAGCUUAUACGGUACUUUUUGUCAUAGCUUGUCUACCCUUGUUGACUCUGUACGCCAUUGAACCGUUAGUGAAUGCUCCUCAGUUAGUCUACAAAUUCUUAUCUAUACUGGCCUGGUCACAGCCGCUGAUAACACCUUUCGCCGUCUAUUCGCUGAUAAAGGGUGCCGGAGGAUUUUUCGCCGACCCUAACGAAUUUAGUGGACCUUUGCUCCUAGGUCAAAGACCUUCGUCAGACGGCGGACUUCCGCAGGUUCGAAUUGAAACGAGUAGUAGUCAGUAUUUGUCCGCCGAGCUACCGUCAGGUUCGAGAUAUGAUUUCUUCCCAAGUAUUAGCGCAGCUGCCAGUGCUACAUCGUCUCGAGGGCGUCGGGCAAGCGCUUUUAUUGUUUAAAGAAAGAAAAAAAUCUGCAAUCUUUCUCACGAUCGUAAACAGUUUAUAGCCUGUAUAAAGAGACGGUAAGGAGUGGAAAAAUGUGAGAAAAAGAGAGAAGUAAAGAAGGCGAGAGAAAGAGAUAGAGGCAGUUGCAAAGAAAGAGACGUCUAUUAUAACUUGGCAAACAUGUUUAGUUUUGGACAAAGGAUCGCUUACUCUCUCUCUUUUAGCCUUCUAGCCCUAAUUGGAUUUGUCACCAAUUCAGCUAUAAUCUCAGUUAUUCUACUUACCCGUUCUAUGAGGAAGACGUGCAACUUUUAUCUGGUAUCAGUCGCCAUUUCGGAUUUGCUAUUGUGUGGGAUAACCUGUCCAUUUAAUGCCUAUUCUGUGACCACUACAAAAGCUGUUUCUGGAUGUGAAUUUAUAGCCUUAUUUAAUUGUUGCCUAACGUUUGUAAGCUUUAUUAGUUUGACCGCUAUUGCAGUGAACCGAGCUUUAAUGAUGAACAUCUCGAACCUUCUUUACGAUAAACUCUUUUCGAAUACGAGAACUAUCGUCUCCCUAAUUGUGACUUGGACAUCUAGUCUAGUACUUGGCCUGUAUCCAAUGGCUUAUACGAACGGAUACUUUCCGUCCAACGAAAAACCUUAUAGAUUAUGCAUAGUGGAGGCGAUAAUCGAAGAGAAUUAUGUCUCAGACACUGUCUUUCUUCUAUCAAUGGUCAUCAUAGGCACAGCUAUAACCUUAAUUAGUUACUACAUCGUCUUUCGACGAGCGAUCAUCUUGAAGAGGAAGCAUCAGCAAUUUCGCGUGACCCGUAAUUUGUUCGUCAUCACUAUAGUCUACGUCGUCUGUUGGCUACCCUAUUUAUUACUUGUGAUAGCCGAUCGUGAUCAGAAAGUCGCCGACUUGAUACGUCAAAUUUUUCUUCUGAUUUUCUUUUCCCAUGCCGUAAUCAAUCCGAUUUUAUACUUGGCUUUGCAUAAUCCCCUCCGUCGGGCUAUUGGGCAAACUUUGCAAAUUUGGAAUAAGAAAACAACCAAUCGGAUAUCUGUUAUACCAACUACAAUCUAUUGAUUCGUUUACGAGGUUUUUAAGUAUCGUACAUAUUCUAAUGGUAAUCUAAACCGAAUCCACAAAUUUAUUCUUUCACGUAUAAAGUAUAUAGUCGGAGAACACUAGACGCUGUAGACCCCUAUUAUGAUACAUAUCUGUCUAUUAUACUCCUACAUUAUCUACUCAAAACGUUAUGAAGCCCAAGUUUUUAGCUAACGAUCGCCGGCGCCAUCUAUCGAUGUACAUAUAUAUAUAUAUAUAUAUAUAUAUAUAUGUUAUUGGGGGAAUCGAAUGAUACUUGACGAAAUUCCCACUUCUCGCCUUGCAAGUAGAUUGAAAGUGAUCCUAUGAAAAAUAUCGAGAAAAGCCAUUAUGUAUUAUAUACUUUUGGAAUAUUUGAAUGAGGAAAGGAAUCGAGAAUAUUCUGUCCUUUUCUUUAAACUUAUCUCUCAUCCCUCCUUACCUCACCCCAUCUACUUCCGUCUAUUCACUGUUUUAUUGUAUAUUGUACUCUUUCUAAACAUAUCAAUCAAUUAUCUAUAUAUAUAUAUACUGUAUACUAUAUAAACUAUAUAUGUAUAUUUAUAUAUAUGUAGAUUAUAUAUAUUCAAAGUGAUUGUUGAUUCAUGCUUAGAUUGUUUUUCCCCAA